AUGGGUCUCUCGUGGCUUACCAUUGUCCAUGCUGUGGCAGCUGUAUUUGCCAUCAUUGAACUAGGCCUUACAGCAUAUGUCGCUAGUUGGUUCCACUGGGGUUGGUGGUCAAGUUCGCCAUCUCAAGUCAACUUUAUGGUAUUCAACUCGGUCUGGUCGCUGUUGGUCCUGGCAUACGUUGGCAUUACUCCGAUCUACAUGACCAGCAUAUUCCAUAAACUUGCUGCUCUGGUGCUCAACGUGAUCACCACCAUUUUCUGGUUUGCCGGGUCCAUUGCGCUUGCUGUGCUUGUUGGUGGCCCAUACAGCUGUGGUGCCAAUACAUACUGUGGUUCCGAGGAGGCCGCGAUUGCUUUUGGGUUCUUUCUCUGGGCCUUGUUCAUGGUGCUGACAGUCGUGGAUGCCCUGGAGGCUCUCCGCAGUCGCGGACACAAUGCACCAGCUACUGGAACCAAACCCGGUGCCUAUGCUGGCGCAUAA